GUGGAAGCAGUGGAAACGAGGACGACCCGGGGAGGAGCCGAGGCCGAGCAGCGCGGACCUGAAGCGCCCCCGGCUCCCGCCCCGCGCCCCUCGGCCCGCGUAGACAUGAGCGCCCGGCGGCCCGACGCACCCGAGGCGCAGCGGCCCGGCCCCGUGGCCCCGUGAUGGGCUCCUGCGUGUCCCGAGAUCUGUUCACAAGUGCCCACAAGGACUGCGCUAUGCCCCAGGGCUCGGAGCUCCUGAGCCCCCACCGGCCCUCCAGCUGCCCACCAGCCUUCCCGCCAGACCAUGUCGCUGGCAAGGACAAACAGAUGGAGUUCUGUUGGGACCCCUGGCAGAGGUGCUUCCAGACCACCAACGGCUACCUGUCCAGCUCCAGAGCCUGCUCCAGCAACUACAGCGUGGCAGCCCUGGCCACCUCGUCCCUUGUGGGGGUGGUGCAGAGCAUCAAGGACCACAUCACGAAGCCCACGGCCAUGGCCCGGGGCCGCGUGGCCCAUCUCAUCGAGUGGAAGGGCUGGAGUGCCCAGCGGUCAGACUGGGCGCUGUCCCCCGCUGAGGACGAGCGCUACUGCUGCCUCCCGGACGAGCUGCGUGAGGCUCGCUUUGCCGCAGGGGUCGCUGAACAGUUUGCCAUCACAGAGGCCACUCUGAGCGCCUGGUCCUCACUGGACGACGAGGAACUGCACCCUGAAAACAGCCCCCCGGAUGCCCUCCAGCUCCAAGACCUGGAGAGCAUCUACCUUCAAGACAGCCUGCUGAGUGGCCCCUCGCAGGACGACAGCCUCCUGGCCUUCUCCCCCGGCCUCUCCCCUCACAGCUGGCCCUCUCCUGAGGAGCCUCCCAUGGCAGCUGCCGGCGCCCAGCCCCCCAGCCCGGCCCCACAUCGACGGCGGCUGCCAGGGGGCCCAGGGCCCGAAGGGGGGGCGCACCUGCAGGGCUCCCUGCCCUCCAUGGACAGCGGCUCCCUCUCAGAGGAGGAGGACGACGUGUUUUACAACUGAAGCCAGGCCCGGCCGGUUCCCCUGCUCCUGGCAGAAGUCCAGCUGGACGGGGACCACCUUGGCUCUAGCAACCAGCAUCACUAAACCCCUCAGAGACGGCAUGGAUUGGGUCAUUACAGGGCUGAGGCUGGCAGCACUUGUGGGUCUCUCUGGGCCUCUGUGGAGCUUCACCCCUGCGGUGGGAACCAUAAUUGCCCUUUCCCCUAGGGUUUUUGCCCUCCGCCAGCUCAAGGACUCUCAGCGAACACCAUAGCUGGCCCCAGGGGGAGCAGGGAACUGACAGCCAGGCCCCCAGGCAGACAACCAAGCAAGAUGGGGAGAUCUAUUUGGAGUGGCGCCCAGAGACCUGACCUUCCCCAAUCAUACUGCCCCGCUGGUGUUGUGGCUACCUCUUCUGGUAGCUGAGUGCAGUUCUCUGGCCCUUUUCACUCUCUGGAGGGACCAUCUGUCCCCCACUUCCCAUGUGACCCCCUGCUCCUCACACCGGGGAGCCAGCCCCUCACACCCUCACCCCACUAAUCCCCUCAAG